AUGUCAGGAGAUCACAGUAGCCCCGCGAUGAGAUCAUUUUAUCGUAGCAGCUUGAUUGUAUUUCAUCGUAGCACCUGGGAUAACUUGUAUCAAUCAUUUGUCAAGCGCAGGAAAUCGAUUAAUACGAAAAAAAUGACAGAUGCGCAUACGACUGCUGAAGAGGUCAGAGAUAAGGAACAAGCAUCGUUCUUUUCUUUACCCACAACAUCCGCCAUGACUUCAUUGCCAGAUGUUGAGGAUGAUGGAGCUGGGCCCAGUAGCAUAGAACUUCCAACAACACCUAUAACGCUGACGCCAUUGGUCUUACAACGCACUGAGUCAAGUACAUCGUUUCUUUCGCGGUUGAGUGGUCGAUUAAGACGUUCACUUCAUUUGCCUUCGAAUAAACGUGAACAGUUCGUGAAGUUUCUAAGAGGUGACGAAGUGGCGGUCUGCGAGGAAGUGAGACAGUCAUUGUUUCACGAAUCUCGUGAGGAAACAUUCACGAAUUAUGCUCGUAUCAUAAUUGUUAAUUACGAUGAGUCAUAUGGCAGUAUUAAAUUAAUUCGACAAAUUCUACACCGGAAUCGACCUGAUGAAAUAAAAAAGAUGCUUCGAAAAACAAACUGGCCAAUAGGACACAGGAUACGAGCAAAUUUAUGGCAAGAAAUUUGUAAAUUAAACAAUCCAGACUUUAAUGCAUACAAAGUUAGUUAUGAAUCUGAUGGAUGGGAAGAGAACGUUGGGCAUUUUCCACCAAAAGCUCGUUUUCUGCAAUCUUCGGAUACUAUACAUGAAUGUUAUGAAUUAAAUGCAGAUGGCUUAAAAGCAUUACAUCGUCUCAUUCGUGCUUUAGAUGCUACAAUCCCAACAUUAAAUUAUGCACCGUUGAUGCAACCUAUACUUGCAUUAUGUUUGCAUUAUAUGAGUGAGGACGAUGCAUAUGCAUGUGUUUUUUGGAUCCUUAAAAAUCAUUCAAAUUACAUGAAAUGUUCUGCUUUGGCAAGUAAGGCUACGGGGUACACACUGCUUGCACUUAUAAAAGUCCACAAGACAGCAGUUUAUAAAACAUUGAAAAAUUGGAUUGGGUCGUCUGACGAAAACAUUUUGGCAAGUGCUUUGCAAAGUUGGCCAAAAUGGAUAUUUUGCGCCUUGCCGUUUGAACAUUUAAUUUGUGUUAUUGAUUGCUACUUAUAUGAAGGGAGCAAAGUAUUAAUGAGAGUUGCUAUCACAUUGCUUAACAUUUGGCACAAAAACAUCAAAAUGCCUGACGAUUUGACGGACAAAACUUGCCAAGAACGGAUUGAUUUAUUUGCGGAAAGGAUUGUUCAGAGCGUAAAACAUCAAAAUAUUUCUGUUACGGUUUUACUCGAAACCGCUAUAAAGAUUCGGAAUUUUAGUGGUACAAAAAUUACUCGUUUUCAGGACAAGUAUGAGAAAAUGAUUUUGAAGUCAGAGGGUCCUGAUCUUCCAGUGGUUGAUUUACCAGCCAUGUAUAUAAAGCCCUUUAUUUCAAGCAUUAUUUCAUCAGAAACUGCCUUUAAAUUAAUGUGUUAUUUGCCGGAAAAAUAUCAACUCAAAACUCCGAUGUUGAUUUACCAUCUUUGCGAUGAUGGGACCUCAUUCUAUCGUUUGUGGACAAAGAUCGAUGAAGCGGAAUCAACGUUGUUAAUUAUCAAGACUGAUAAAAGUGAAAUUUUGGGAGCUUUCUGUGACGAACCGUGGGGAAAUCGAAUAAAGACAUGUGAGCGUGGGAAUGGAAAAUACUUUGGCGGUGGUCUUUCGUUUGUUUGGAAUUUAGACGAUAAUAAUCAAGUGAAUAAAUAUGAUUGGAAAGAAAAUCAAGCAGAAUGUUUUAUGGCUGCUCCGUGUGGUCGAGAGCCUACUGUUUUAAUGAUUGGUGGGAAUGCAAUAUAUAUUGUGGAUGAAUUGAUAAAAGGUUCAACCUUACCGGGUAAAACAUUCCAAAAUCCAGAACUGGUGAAGGGUGGUACAUUUAAAAUCGAUGACAUGGAGGUAUUUCAAGUAUUUGAAUAA